AAUCUAUUGCAUGUGCCAUACAAAUUGAGAAAUAUUUUUCGAAUCUCUUAAUAUUAAUAAUAAUUAUUCACCUACUAUUAAAUAUUAAUUAAUAUUUUUUUUUCCUGUUAGUCGGUAACUUCAAGUUGUUCUACAAUAUUGUUUCAAACAUCUUCGAAAGACCUCCUUUAUUGGCUGCGUAAAUCCAAAAACUAAAGGUGUUGAUAAUAGCUAUAUGAUAUAAAAUGCCAUUGAACGAGAAUGUUAUUCUCCUUGACAUUGAAGGAACAAUUACAUCAAUUAGUUUUGUUAAAGAUACAUUAUUUCCUUAUGUCUCCACGGUCUUAGAGGAUUACAUAGAAAAACACUGGAAUGAUGAGAGCUUUCAACAAGAUUUAGAAUUAUUGCGCGCACAAGCAGUUAUUGAUUCCAAUGUUAAAGGCUUUGUACCAAUAUCUUCAGGCAACGAUAACAAUGCAAAGAAAUCUGUCAUUAAUAAUGUACUUUGGCAGAUGAAAUAUGAUAAGAAAACUACUGCUCUGAAGCAAUUACAAGGUCAUAUCUGGAAAGAUGGAUAUGAAAGUGGUCUUCUAAAAGGUCAUUUAUAUGAAGAUGUAUUACCUGUUUUAAAUAAGCUAACUGACUUGGGUAAAAAAAUAUACACUUACUCUUCUGGGAGUACAGAAGCUCAAGAGUAUUUAUUUCAAUAUUCCAUGUAUGGAGAUGUGUCUAGUAUAUUUUUAAAAUAUUUUGAUACUAAAAUGGGUCCAAAAGGCUCGGAAACCAGUUAUAUAAAUAUUGCUAAUGAGAUAAAUGUAAACUGUAGUGAUAUUUUAUUUUUAACUGACGUAGUUGCUGAAGCAGAAGCAGCUGUAAAGGCCGGCUGUAAUUCAAUUCUUUUGGCAAGACCUGGUAAUGCUCCUUUGGAUUCUGAGAAAAGUUCAAAGUUUAGGAUUAUAAAGACAUUAGAUGAAUUAUUAAAAAUUGAGUAUGUUGUACCUAAAUACAUAUAAUACUUAAAAUACAUUUUGAUAACCUUAAAAUUGUAAAAUCAUAAAUACAUCUCAUUGAUUAUAAAAUAUGUUAUAUUUAUAUUUUAUUAAUAAUUAUUCUUAUGAUAUGCUAGAAAAUUGAAAAUAUAUGUACAUUUUAAUUAAAA